AUGUUGGCACCAGAGAGAGACGAAGAUGACGCCUUCGUCUACCCUUCGGGUCUCAAAUUCGCAUUAUUGAUGACAUCCAUCUAUAUAACCAUGUUUCUGGUGGCUUUGGAUAAACUCAUCAUAGCAACCGCUACUCCCGCGAUCACAAACGAUUUUCACGCGUCGAACGACGUUGGUUGGUAUGGCACGGCUUAUCUGCUCACCAACUGCGCUUUUCUAUUGAUAUUUGGGAAGUUAUAUACCUUCCUAAACGUCAAGGUAACUUUCCUCACGGCUCUUGUAUUAUUCGAGGCUGGCUCAGCCAUCUGCGGCGCGGCACCUAACUCGAUCGCAUUCAUCAUUGGCAGAGCCAUUGCAGGCCUGGGAGCCGGAGGACUCCAGUCUGGAGUUCUCGUCAUAGUUGUCUAUGCUGUUCCGUUACAGAAGCGACCUCAAUAUCAAGGGUUGAUAGGUGCAUGCUUUGGAAUAGCAUCAGUCAUCGGCCCACUGGUUGGUGGUGUUUUCACCACGAAAGUCACAUGGAGAUGGUGCUUCUAUAUCAACCUUCCCCUAGGAGGCGCAGUUCUCGUAUUCGUACUCUUCCUGCUGAAUAUCCCAAGCAAUUCCAAUACCACGAACUCUUGGAAACACAAGGUGCAGCAGACCAGCUUCGAGGGCAUGCUUGCACUUGUUACGGGUAUCGUCUGUCUGUGCCUGGCGCUGCAAUGGGGCGGUUUCACCUAUAGCUGGAAUGAUGGCCGCGUAGUCGCCUUGCUUGUGCUCGCUUUUAUGCUUUUAAUCAUCUUCGUCCUGAUUCAGGUCUGGAAAGCGGAGAAAGCCACGGUCCCUCCCCACAUAUUUGUUCAGCGCAGCAUUGCCUGUGGUUUCUGGGUGAGCUGUUGCGUUGGUGCACAUCAGACGCUAAUAACCUAUUAUCUUCCCAUUUGGUUCCAAGCUAUAAAGAGCGACUCGGCUGUUGAGAGUGGCGUUCAUAUCCUGCCCUUCAUUCUGUCCCUUGUUGUUGCGACCAUUCUCACUGGUAUUCUAACAAGCUGGAUUGGCUACUACUCGCCAUUUUUGAUUAUCGGCAUCAUCUUGGCGGCUAUUGGCGCAGGGUUACUCAACACCCUUGGCAUCGAAACAUCGGUAGGCCAAUGGGUCGGUUAUCAGGUCUUGUACGGAUUCGGAUUGGGAGCUUGUUUCCAAGCACCUAAUAUGGCUGCUCAAACGGUGUUGCCUCGCAAUGAGGUUUCUGUCGGCGCUUCACUCAUGCUUUUCGCCCAGACGCUCUUCGGCGCCAUAUUCGUUUCGGUCGGUCAAAACGUGCUUGAUGAUCAACUCGCUAGACGUCUUGCCGGCAUUUCAGAUAUAACGACGCAGCAAAUCAAAAAGGCUGGUGUCACCGGUCUCCUCGAGAUAAUCCCACCGCAGUAUCAUGACGCAGUCUUGGAGGCAUACAAUGGCUCAUUGCAUGUAUGUUUUCAAGUCGCGCUCGCUAUGGCCUGUAUUGCCAUCCUAGGCGGCCUGCGUAUGGAAUGGCGUAGUGUCAAGAAGCAGCAGAAACAGAAUGACGAGACUGCUAUCGAAGAGGGGAAGAUGCGUGAGCGUCGAGUCGCCCGCGACCCAGGCAAGCGGAAUCCCAGUGCGUGCAAGCCUUUAGCGAACUUUUGA